AUGCCUUCGUUUCGGCAGUUUUCGUCUGGUGGACAGUCGUCGCACUUGCACACGCCCGAGGCAACGCCGCUGAGAAAGCGCGAGAACGAUAGCUUUGCGUCUCCAGAAGCUCCUUUGUUGUGGCGUCAAUCGCUUCAACCGGCAACCGGAGGUCUUCACAAUACUAGUACUAGUUACAGUCCAUCGAUGGCUGCGUCAUCAUCACACUUUGCGGAUGUGAACUUUGUACACUCAUCACGGCGCCGGGGACGAUACGAUAACCGUCAAGGGGCUCAGUUCUGGGUUCCAUGGGUCAUGAGAGGGAUACUGGCUUCUCCGCUCAUUGUGGUUAUGAUGUGGCUUGCGUUUGUGGCCAUUCGACACCCGAGAGAAGCACAGACUGUCAAGAACAAUAAUAGCUAUGGCAUGCCGCGGGUUCUCCAGCAAAAGCAUCCCGAAAACAAAAUCCUUCAUCCAUUCCUGGCUAGUCAUCAUCAGAAGAAUUCUGCUAACGAUCAUCCGAUUCCUGUCUACGUGCCCAUGGGGGCUUCUCAAAAUGAUCAACAACUCCAGCAAGAGUUCACUCAGAUGGUGCAGAACUCGGGCUUACAACAACCUCCGCAGUACAUGAUUCCUAUGUCACAAGCUCACAAAACAUUAAUGAAGGAGAGUCAGUCAACGCAACAGCAGCAGUUCCAACAAUACUCGCAACAAGGUCAACUGCAAAUGAACAUUCCAAUGCAGCAAGCCCAGCCACAGAUCAUGGCGGGACAAAACAUGAUGCAGCUCACCCAGCAACAACCAGGGCAUGGGUGGAACAACCUUAGAGGCGGAGGCAAAAAGCACGCAAAGCCACAUAAGCUGCAACAACAAGAUGUUCCUCCGCAAUCAGCUGCGCAACCAAAGAUAUUCUAUUAUGAACCAAACCAGGCCAUCGUACAGGGACAGUUGCAAGCCCCUACCGUUGUCUACGACGAACAUGGUAACGAAAUUGAACUGGCAUCCUUGGUGACUGGUGUGACAGAGUUGUUCAUCGAACCCCCGCUCUUGGCAGACCUGCCCAUGUUUGGAGCAUCUCAGCCCAUCAACGGCAACAGACGAAUGAUGGCAGCCUCCAACAGCACCAACUCCACUCUUCCCCACUUACUGGGACCUCCUCCCUUGGAAAUGAAAAUCAAGACACCGGAGUCAUGGGGUCAAUCAACCUCCCAAGACCAAUCCAUUAUUGUUUGUACUGUAGCAGUGAUGGCGUUGCUCGUUGGAGCCUUGUCAGCGCGACGGUUGCGAGCUCGAUCAUACCUCUCAUCUUGCAUUGAAAACGAGAGCCUCGAAGAUGAUGUGGCCUUUGACAGCGCAUAUACCGUUACUGGAGGGGAUAGCUACAAUACCUUUGGAUGGAAGGGAGAUCUGGAGAAAUUCGAUGUGUAG